AUGUUUGCUACAACAUCUUCUACAACAACCACCACCACCACAACAACAACAACAAACAAUAAUAAUAUUCAUCCAUCGUCAUAUAUCGUUGCGACGCCCACAACCGUCACUGCCACGACGAAUGCUACACUUGAAACCACGACCACUAAUGCUACGACACCGCAAACAUUAAGUGAUAUCAAACUUAUCUGCACUCAAAGAAAGAAGAAAACCAAACGUCAUAUUUGUUUAACAUUUAUCGAAAGUUGCCCAAUAAAAUCUCCAACUGACCAUCCAUCCAUUGAAGUGACACGAAAGGCAAAUGCAUCGUCUCCAUAUUCAUCCUAUCCAUUAAAUGACUGUAUUUCCUUUGAAUAUUUCGAUACAGUGAAAAAUGAUUUCCAGUCAUAUAUCUAUGCUUAUUUCGAAUCCUUCACCGUAUCCAUCUUAUUUUCCGAUGAAGACUUUGACAAAAAAUCUCUCAUUAUCAAACAUUUGGAAUACAUGUAUCACAGUAAAACAGAAAAAACUUCAGAAAUCAACAACAACGCACAAGAUUCUUCGCAACCUCAACCAGGACCAUCCCAAUCACAACAGCAAGCGCCGAUCUUACCAUGUCCGUCAACGACUGACCAUAUUCUUCAUGCAUUUGAUGUCUGCCUUAUUCCGUAUGGCCCAAUUAUAAACCGUGAUCACCCUUUAAACGGUCAAGCGCGUCUUUAUUUCACUACAACAGAUCUCUAUAUCGCAUCAAUUGAUUGUAAUCGCGCUGACCUAAAAACCACAAUUGCAAAUCAAUGUCCAUCGAAAGAUAAAGCAAUCCUAUGUAUUCCAUAUUUUACAAUAAAAAACUAUGGCAAUCGUUCGAAUAUCUUUCUGAUUGAGUUAGGCAAAUCCAAUUAUGGAAAUGGGGAGAUUCACAUGAAAUGUUAUUCAUCAUCAUUAGCGAGUACAAUCCAUUUAUUAGUGAGUCCAGUGAUCGAAGAGCGACCAUUGAUUUUAUCGUCAGCAUUUCAAAAUCAAUUGUUAACACACAAACGCAUCGAGAAAUUGAAAACAAUUCAUCCACCUGUUCAAUUGACACAAGAUACGACUAAUCAUCCAAUCCUAGAUCCACAAUCACCAUCUUUAGCCGUGCUCAAAAAGAAAUCAUUUGAAGAACCCGAUGCCGAUUCUCAGCAAUUAUCGUUAAUAACUACAACACCAACAACAACUAAUGAGCCGAAAUCACGUCUAAUUGUGGGUUUCUUUCGUACAUUGACAAAAAAUGUGUCACAUCUACGGCGAUCGGCAACGUUUCAUCACAACAAUAGCAGUAAUAGUACGAAUCAUCAACAUAACGAACAACUCAUAUCGUCGGAGAUUAACAAUUUGCUACCGAAAAAUAAAUCAGUUGCAUUUAAUAUUGAUGAGAAGACGUUUCACAACGAUCAGCAUCAAAUCAUUCUACCUGAAUCUCAGAAGAAGGCGGAAUCAACAUCAACAGUAUCAUCAACAAUGACAAAACAAACAAGUGAGACUAUGUUAACAUCAACAUCGACAUUGAACACUAAUAAACAAGACUCAACCAUGGGCACAUAUAUUGAUAUGGGACCGACAGUUCCAAAAAUCGAUCAAAAUCAAGAGGAAGAUAUCAAAGAUGAAGUAAUCAUCAAAGAAACAACAGCAACGGCAGAUAUUGGUGUCAAUACGACAAUCAGUUUAUCACCUUGCGUUCGUUCAGCAAUCAUCGUUGGUAAUUCGGUUCAUUUGAUUGCUGAUGAAAAAUCUCUCUUUCCUAUUGGUCAACGUUCAUUCACAUCUCCUGCUAGUGUCAUGCAACCAUUCAAAACCCAACUGAAUGGUCCAUCAUUGAGUAAUCCUUAUGGUAAUUAUUAUCUUCAUCUUUCUGCAAAAGUCCGAUUGUACAACUGUCAAAUAUUUCGUUUAGGUACAUCAGCAGACUUGGUUACGUCUUCACCCAACAGUUUCAACUCGAUCCCUCAAGCAAAUUCCGUUUCCAAUUCGCAACAAUCCCUGCUUCUUUCGUAUGGUAUAGUUACAUUUAACAAGAAUGAUCUAAUAACAAAUGAACAAACUGAACGUGCAACUAGUCCACCGUUAGAUGGCUCUACACUCGAGCGUCGCCUCAAUUCCGAUCUUAGUCUGAUGUCUAUGCCUCAGCAACAGCAAGGACAACAGCAAAAUUCUAUUGUUCAUCCUUUAGAUAACGUUUUGUCUGCAUCUAGCACGCAAAUCUUCCGUAAUCUAUCGGUGUCAGCAAAUAACAUUGGUGAUACAACAUCCGGUUCCAUUCGAACUCCUCACGGUUCAAUUAUAUUCUUCGAUGAAAAUCUUACNUCCAUCAGUAGCAGAUCUCCAGCAACAAAUCGAACGACAAUUUCAUAUCCCAAUAAAAAAUCAACGCAUUUUAUUCAAAGGACAAGAUCUACAUGA